CAGUGCGCCGCAUGCCAAACGAAACCUCAUGAGCCUGCAUGUACUUCCCGACGUUGCUCACAAAGCAGCUACGGCCGAGUCUGGGAUCGACGACAGAUGACGAGCCUCCGCUGCCGAGCUCGCUCGCCAGCUUGGCCCGGUUAGGCGGAGCGCGAGAAGAGCAACUCCUCAGCUUGGCCGAGGACGCAACGGGCGAGCAUUUUGUGGCGAUAGGCCAUUCUGAGCUGGCGAUAUGGUCUGUUCGGCCUUGCGUCUUGCUCACAAAGGUCAAACGCUCGCCCAAAUCGGUCAGAGAGCAUGGUACCUUUGUACGAGCGAUAUGGCAUGACUACGUACAGAACGAUACGCAGCGUCGGCGGAUCGUCCUCGCUCAGACAACAGGCUCAGUGCUCAUGGCGUAUGCUGUCAUGCCUAGCCUGCCGAGUUCUGCCGUCUAUCAAAUGCCUGGACGAAGCUCUCGCAAAGUGCAGCAGUUUCAACCGGGGCCGGGGGAGGGCUACCCACUCACCAGCAUCAGCCUGAGACCGCUUGGUCAGAUUAACCUCUCGCAGGAGCCCAUCGCAUGCUUCUGUGGCACGCCAGACGGACUGCUGGUCGCGACGUCGAACCCAGCCGCUGUGAGACUCGUGCCAUGGACUGCGUUUGCAUUGAGGAUCGCCACGGCGAACGGGACGCCUUCACCGUCUAUUGUCGACCAAGGCGUAAGCACUCCGCAGACUGACCUGUCGUGGCUAGAGUCCGACUCAGGCUACAUAGUAAACCUCGCAUAUCACAGUACGAUCGAUGCGGUAACAAUGAUCACCUCAUCAGGCUCCGUAUACUGUACGCGUGCAAGGGCAAACGUGCCCGCAUCAGAGCCGGCGCCGGCUUUGUCUGUCGCCGCUUGGGAAGGUGUCUGCAUCUAUAGGCCUCAGAGCAGCGCGUCAGGCCAGAGCAUUGGAUCUCCGUCGCUUCUACAUACAUCUGUGUACCAAGAUGAUCUCGGCGCAAAAGCAGCAGCGCAAGCUUACAACGAUCGCUUCUCCCUCCUCGCAGUCGGCCUAGACGACGGCUGCUGCCAGAUCUACUCUUUGGCGCAAGACGCGGCUGUACCGGUGCUAUCGCAUCGGCUGUCUCUGCGGGCCGCAUUGCGCUCAACAGCGAGCCAUCUCAAUUGUGACAGUGUGACUGCCAUGAGCUGGACACGCGAUGGCCAUGCGCUGGCCGUUGGCUUGCUGCGAGGCUGGUCUGUCUGGAGCGUUUUUGGCAGGCUCGCAUGCUGGGCCGGCAAUGGUCAGGCAAGCGGAGCAGUUGAAGAGAACGACUCGAGCAGCUUCUCGGAUGCUUUCUUCAACGGCAUUGAUGCCCUUUUCUGGAACGCGGCAGAUUCGGAGCUUUUCGUGCUCGCGAAGCCACGCCAGGUGGAGGGCAGCGCCUGCAAAGCAAUCGAUACGCAGCUCUUCGCUAUACCGUUUGCAAAGAGCGCAGUGGCGACGCUGCACAGUCCAGACAACUGCCAGCAUGCUCUGCUACAGCUAGACGACCGGGUGAUGAUCUAUCGCGGGCAAGAUCAGCCUGACAUGAGCGUCAUUAACCCAGAGUCUGAUGUCUGGCAGUACAUCAAGGUUCCGUCUGAAUACAUCGCUGGCAAUUGGCCAAUACGGUCGUCUUGUGUGAGCUCUGAUGGUCGUUUGCUAGCGGUGGCUGGGAGACGCGGCUUUGUGCAUUACAACACCUUGUCCGGCCGCUGGAAGCUGUUCGACAACGAAGCCGAAGAGCAGGCGUUUCAAGUCACCGGCGGGAUGGUCUGGUACGAAAAUGUCCUCGUUGUCGGCGCCGAGGAGAACGACGCUCAUUACCGUUACUGCCAGAUACGGCUCUAUGCGCGCGACAGGCCGCUCAGCCGCAAUUAUGUUCUACAUCAGGACGCUUUUCCGUCGCCAAUCUUGCUCAUCUCGAUCCUUGAAAGCUCCCUCCUGAUCUAUACAGAAGACAACACAUUUUACCACAUGCUGCUAGUACCCGGACGGAACGGCUACCGUACUCGCAUGUGCGGCAGUAUCGGCUUCGAAGGCAUCGUCACUGAUCCAGCUAAAGUGCGCGGCAUGUCUUGGAUCAUUCCACGCGCGCAGCAUCGCAAGUCGUUCAACCUUGGAUGUUUCGGCGAUCCGUCGACCGAUCUUGAUGUGGCUACGAUUGUAUUUCUCGUGGAUGGCAGCCUCGUCCUGCUCAAACCUAGCCGAAUCGGCGAGGAGGUCGUCAAAUACGACAUGCAGAUCCUUGCGGACCGCAUUGAGUAUUACUGGACGCACCCAUCAGGCGUCGGCGCGCUGGAAGGCUCUCUGUGGGCGUACAAUGGCCAGGAAGUCCGUGUCUGGCUCAAUAUCGUCACUCGAUCAAGCGGCGGCAGCGAGAGCAUACAAAACGAUAGCUUAUCGAUCCCUUUGGAUUUCUAUCCCUUAUCGGUCUUGAUGGACAAAGGCGUGAUCAUAGGCGUCGAUCAAGAAACCGGCAUCCGCAAGAAUCUCGACUUUGCCAUCUUUCGACUUGUCACAACCACACAUCUGUUCUUACAUCAUGUCUUGCGCCAUCACCUCUCACGCCGACAGAUUGGCAAAGGUAUCGAGUUUGCUACACAUUAUGCCGACUUAGUGUACUUCGCACACGCACUCGAGGUCCUGCUCCAUAGCGUUCUUGAGGACGAGGCAGAUGCACUCGCACUCGAUCGCAGGUCACCAGACAUGGCGCCGGCGCUUCCGCGCGAUUCUGUCCUGCAAUCAGUCAUCGAAUUUCUCGACUACUUCCCGCAAGCGCUGCAAGUCGUCGUCGGAUGUGCUCGCAAAACUGAGGUCGCUCGUUGGGAGUACUUGUUCGAUGCUGCUGGCAGCCCUGCCGAUCUGUUCGAGCGCUGCAUCGAAAAUGACGCACUCAAGCUGGCUGCAUCGUACUUGCUCGUUUUGCACGCACUGGAGCCUGCAGACGCGACGGACGGCUACACGGUCAAGCUCAUCCGAGUGGCUCUGACAGCGCAGGACUGGGAGCUCGUCAAGGAGCUAUAUCGCUUUCUCUAUUCGCUCGAUCGCUCGGGCAAUCGGCUUCGCAAUGCUCUAGCAGCUGCAGGCGCUCUGCCUCCCGGCGUCAGAGCACCUUCGCCGGCUGUGCAUCGGAAGAGUGUAUCCGAGCCGCCGCUGCUUUCACCCGUCACGCAGCUCAUUGGAGGGGGCAGCACGGGUCGAUACCGUCCACCCCAAGCGCCAGAGUCACCUUUACAGGCCAAGUCUGCUCACAAAACGCCACCGCCGUCCACACCGCCCAUAGAAGUCAAGCCGGUGCAGCCCUCAUUCUCUCUUGGGUCUCUGUUCAGUAAGUUGGUAUCGAUCGAACCAGGGACAGCGGAUGUUGUAAAGAGUAGUACAGGAUGAUUGCAAUGACUCGCUAAGAGACAGACCAGUAUCGUUAUGAGGACGUGAGUGUUCCCAUCAGAGUCGUAGCGGACAUGGACGUAAGCAGACCGGAAUGCUUAGGCGAAUGCUUUAGCAGCAUCCGGAGGAUUUCUUGCCCGUCUCGGCCGUGGGCGUGAGAUUGACGGAUGCGCCUUCGCCGGAGGGCUUGAUCACAUCGUGCGAAGCCUCU